AGGAAAUAGAAGAUAUAUGCCAGGUUCGAUUUGAGUCGACCACCAAACCACUAAAUGCACAAAUGUAUGACUCUCUAAAAAGAGCCUUGUCGGGGACAUCGUUUUCCAAAGUCACAGAUAGAACGGCGAAUGGAGAAUACAUGAUACAGUUGUUAUUGACUGCACUCUCAACUUCACAUACAGAUAGCGAUAUGAGCAACAACCAGACAGCUCAUGAUGUUGUACAAGACAAUCAAGAAAGUGAAGACCUUCUACAGGGCUUGAAGCACUUUGAGAUAGCAUUACUUCUACAGGAUAACAGGUAUAUCGACAACAUCCUAAGCAAGGAGGAUGCGACUGAGCUCUCCAGAAUAAUUUCUGACUGGAGAAGAGAUGGGCGUCAGCGAGAAGUAGAGAGUGACUGUGCUUCAACAACAGAUGUAGAUGGACCAAGUGUUAGUGAUACAAAUGUUGAAUGGGAAAAGGCACAGGACGAGUUUUUACAACAAUUGGAAGACGCCAAUAGUGAUCACCCCGAAAAUGGUCCUGUAGCCGAUUCUCAGGGUGAGAGGUCAGCACUCAACAAUCUGACAGUUCUUUCUAAUAAGAAGAGGUCUGCACAGGCGUGUGACAAGAAACUAAAUUUCAAUCCUGACAAAGCAACAAAGACAUUGAAAGCUGCUGUAAAGUCCUCAGAGCUGACAGCAGCAUUCGAUUUAAUAUCUUAUUCACAACAUGAAGUCAAGUGCAUCUAUUUCUCCAACUCUAUUGAUGACGAGUUCUACGAAAGCAUAGUACCAACACUCUCAUUAGAUGCUUGCAAUUGGUCGUUGUACAAUGGUCAGGGAUACAAAGAUGACUUUCUUACAUUAUACACUAUUGUUGGCCAAGCUGGGUCCAAGGGACUUGUUCCCCUGGGUAUGAUGCUCUCAAAGAAUGCAGAGUGUGGAUUUGACUGGUUUACUUUCCUAUACACAUUCUUCAAGAAGAAGGGUGGAUCACAUUGGAAGAAGUUACGAGAAUCUAUGCAAUUGCAUGAUGAUAGGAUCACUGAUGAGAGCAUUCCCCCAUUACAAAUCAUAUCAGAUCAGGAUAGGGGUAUCAAGAAGGCCUUGGAUAUGUUGAGAACACAAUGUGGUGUUCCGAUUGAGAGCUUCGUAUGCUCCAAACACGUCGAAGGAAAACUCUUAAAGUACACAAUGGCAAAGCACAGAAAGGUUAUGCAACAUAGCUUUUUCCAGUUGAUAUUUGAAUCUGAUCCAGAAAAGAUCCCAUCAAUCCAAGAAACAAUGAAGGGGGUUUUCUUUGAGAGGCAUCAGAGGGAGAAAGUUAACAGUACUUAUAAUCUCAUCACCAACACGCAAGACUGUGCUAGAGGUCUUCAACUUUACAAUUCGGUAACUCCAAGGUUUGAUAUCAUGACAUCCAAUCAUUGCGAGAUUUUGAAUGCAGAGAUGUACGCAUUUAGACGAUUGAACCCAACCAACCUCAUUGUCGAACUGCUGUCCAUGCAGUGUGAGAAGGUGAAAAUCACAGAGUCUAUGACCCUUGAUUGGAAUAAAGUGAGACUGGUGACCGGAAAUGAUGAUGAAAUGAAUGACACGAGUGACUCUGUUGAUGAAGAGGAAGAACCAGAAGAUGUCGGGAUGCUCACAAACUAUGGUUCAUUGUUGUACUCAACAACCAUUAUCACUUCUUCUUGCCUAAAUAGCAAAGAGACUAGUGUAACUGUUCAUGAGAGUUCACCUGGAACACAAAUGAAGACUCACGAGCAUAGUGUGUCGUGGGACUGUGAUUUGUCUGUUUAUGAGCUUCUGAAGGUGCUGAGAGUUUAUACAAAGAAGAUGGGAAGAUGUGAUUCGUUUAUCAACUUUCGUGCCUAUGCUUAUUAUCAAUUGCGAUUCAGAACAGCCGUUGUUACUGAGAAGCGAUACACCAUCUCAAAGGAGGGUAAAAUGGAAGUAAAGUCUACAUACAGCUGUUCCCACUGUCGCAAUCAAGCGUAUACAUUCUUCGAAUGUCCACAUAUUACUUGUGUGAAAAUGAGAAGGGCCCACAACGGCCAAGCCCUUAUCCCAUCCUUGUCCAUAUUUGCCAAAGAGGUUCUCUAUGACGAUAGUAGAAAGAAGAACUCCAGCUACUGCCCACCAGUAUUCAGAUACCAGAGCUGUUUGUCAAAGGCCAAUAGAUGUAUCAUACGGAAGACGGCGUCUCAAAGUUCCAGGUCAGCGGUGCAUACAUUCAACAAAGGACUACUACUGAAGGCGAUUGAAGCGUUAAGAGGCGAUCACGACACUGUGUUGGCGAUCAAAAAGGUCUCUAAGAAGAGGCAAAUGAUCGCGUAUGCUUCCAAUAAACGGCCUCCCAAGGUUGAGAAGAAGAGAGGAAGAGGACGACCAAGAAAGUCAGAACAGAAAAGGAACUACAAGACCAAAAGGCUUAUAGAAGAAGCUGUGGUGGAUCAAGUAGACCCGCAACCAACAUAACGUGGCUUCUCUACAGACUCCUCGCAGAGUCCUUUACUUACCAAUCCACAUCUUGAU